AUGGUAACGCGACGAUCUACUCGUGCGAGCCAAGGAGAAAAUGGUGGAGCUCAAACAGAAGGACUCGACGACAUGGAGAUAGGCGAGGCUCUGAUCCCAGGAGGGUUGAGCCGCUUGCCGAGACAAGCAGCAAAAAGUGAGGCCAAGAAGGACAGCCCUUUAGAUCUCGCCGAUGCUAAUGCUGCUAUCGCAGCUAUCCUUAAAACCCAAGAGGCACAUGAUAAGAGAAUGAUGAAAUUAGAAAGGCGUAAUAGAAAGAUGGAACGGAGAAACCGCAGGCUAAAAAGAAAAGUAACAAAGAAGGUACCACUCACCACCAUUGAAGAAAUCCCAGAGGAGGAAAACCCUUUCGAGCAUCUGCAAGACGACGAACGAAUUAACAUCCCUGACACCUCGAACGAGGAAACAUCAGAUCGAUUUCCUAAGGGAAGUAGAGAUGUGCCCGACCACGAGGAUAGCCUAUCCGAGGGGUCAUCAUAUGUUGAUCCCAAACAUAGACGAAACAAAAACCAAAUCGACGAAGUAAAUAUUGACACGAGACCGAGAAUCUCGCAACCACAAACCCAAAACGAGGGGAGAAAUCGAGGUCAACUCGCUUUAAGAUUGUGUCAUACAUUGAAAAAUCGGACGAUGACUCAGGGCGAUCAAGGCAUCGCCACCAUGAACCAUCUUUCUCGCCCGAGAGAGCUAUGGAAAGAAGAAAGAAGGCCGAAACCAGGCAAAAUGAGGAUGAACUCCAAGCCCGAGUCAACCGACUCGAAGCAAUGUAUAGAGAAGCUACAUGGAAGCAGGAGAUUAAGAAGUUGGUAG